AUGCUGAAAGACCUCCAACACCCCAAUAUUGUGCGAUUCUAUGACUAUUGGGAACGCACUGAUCCGUCAGGGCAAGAGAAAGUAUCUUUCAGGUAUAUCGUACUAGUAACGGAGCUGAUGACUUCUGGAACGCUGAAAAUGUAUUUGAAACGCUUCAAAAGAAUCAAUAUUAAGGUGUUGAAAUCGUGGUGUCGUCAAAUUCUGAAAGGUCUUUCGUUUUUACACUCUCGAAAUCCACCAGUCAUCCAUCGAGACUUGAAGUGCGACAAUAUUUUCAUCACUGGAACAACAGGAAGUGUCAAAAUAGGCGAUCUGGGUCUGGCAACGCUCAAAAACAAGUCAUACGCCAAGAGUGUCAUAGGUGAGUUUGUAUUUGGGAUCAUCUUCGAAAUUUGA